GCGGCUCCGGCUCCGUCUCAGGCUCCGGCUCCAGCAUGGUGCAGCCCGGCCCCAUCCCGGGGGAGCGGAGGCGGCGCGCGGGGCCAGCGCCCGGGGAGCGGCGGCGACGGCGGCGGGAGCAGCAGCAGCAGCAGCGACAGUGGCGGCGGCACGAGCAGCAAGAGCAGGAGGCUCCGGCUCCGGCUCCAGUGGGCGGCAGGUGCUAGAGCCUGCCGGCCAAGGUGUGCGCCCACCUGGCCCGAGGCACCAGGCUCCGGUGUGGGGUGCAGCCGCCGCCGCUCCCGAUUUCUCCAUCGCCUUCCCCUUCCCCGCUACUACCGCCCUACCGCCCGGAUCGGAGGGAGAGCUGCUCCUAGCUCCAGACGUCCGGGAACCGUGGAGUGUCGGGGAGAGAGCAGCCCUAGGCCGGCAUUGCCCGCGGACCCAAGCGCCCCUUGCCCUGCCCUUUGCUGCCCCGCCCCGCCCGGUGCCCGGAGCUGCGCCCAGUGACCAUGGCUCUUCUCUGCCAGUGCGCCUGAAUCCCAACCCCACCCGGAACCCGAACCGCGGGGACUCCCUGGGCCUCCCCGCCCUCCCUGGGGGGUGCCCCGUGGCCCGCCCCCCCUCUGGGGCGCAUGCCGCCCGGAGGGCUUCCCCUUCCCCCUCCCCUGUGAGCGCGCCGUCGCCACCGCUGGGUUCCCUGGUGCCGCCCGCUCUGUUCCCUCCGUCGGGUGACUGGACUCAUCCGCCCAGUGCUCUCCUCUCUGCAUCCAGAAUCCCUCACUCCUGUGCCCACUGCUCGGGGGCCGGAAUCACCUGCCCCGUGGCCGCUGUCGGGGCCCCCCGGGCUGGGAUCAUGGCCGAGAAGCUGCGAGGAGCGCAUCAGGUGGACAUCGACCCGGACUUCGAGCCGCAAAGCCGGCCGCGCUCCUGUACCUGGCCGCUACCGCAACCCGACUUUGCAGGCGGCGGGGACGAAGAGGAUGGGGCGGCCGGGCCGGGUGGCGGCGGCGGCGGCAGCGAGAGCACGGAGAACGGAGGGGCUGGGGCGGGAGCUGGGGAGCGCAAGGCAGCCGUGGUGGCUGGGGCCCCGGCUCCUGGGACGGCGGCUCUCCCGGUGCUGGGUGGGGACGCUGGACAGCUCCGGAAGGCUAAGACCUCUCGGCGAAAUGCCUGGGGCAACCUGUCCUAUGCUGACCUCAUCACCAAAGCCAUUGAGAGCGCCCCGGACAAGCGGCUCACGCUCUCCCAGAUCUAUGACUGGAUGGUUCGCUACGUGCCCUAUUUCAAGGAUAAGGGUGAUAGUAACAGCUCAGCCGGCUGGAAGAACUCCAUUCGGCACAACCUGUCUCUGCACACUCGUUUUAUCCGAGUGCAGAACGAGGGCACAGGCAAGAGUUCUUGGUGGAUGCUGAACCCUGAGGGUGGCAAGACAGGCAAGACACCCCGGCGCCGUGCUGUAUCCAUGGACAAUGCCAGUAAAUUUCUGCGCAUCAAGGGUAAGGCCAGCAAGAAGAAGCAGAUUCAGGCGGUUGGGCCUGAGCGGGGGCCCCACAGUCCACCAGGGGUCCCCCCACCUGCUACCAAGUGGUCAUCAAGUCCUGUCUCCCACGGCCCUGGCCCUGGCCCUGCUGGCGGUGAUGACUAUGAAGCUUGGGCUGAUUUCAGGGGCCGGCCCCCACCUCCACCCCCACCAGGGUUGGGCUCUCGAAUCUCCCCACUGCUGGCGGGUGGGGGGCAGCCAGAUGAGCUGGAAGAUGAGGAGGCAGCCCCUUCCUCUCCACUCAUGUACCCUAGCCCCUCGAGUGCCCUGUCACCAGCUCUGGGCGCCGGCUGCUCUGUAGAGCUGCCUCGGCUAACUGACCUGGCUGGGCCUCUCAGUCUCCAUGAGCCAGGCCUGGCCGACAGCCUCCUGGAUGACCUCCGGGAUGGCUACGGUCUGAGCCCACCCCCCCCACCGCCACCUGGUUUACGGGGCCGUGUUCCCCCAGCCCAUGGCUACGCCUUCAGUGCCAAGUGUGGGGGUGCAGCUGGUGGCAGCAGUGGCUUGGGGGGCUCCUACUGCGGGACGAUCUACAGCCAGCCUGCCUUGGGUCCGCUGCGCCGCCUGCCCAUGCAGACAAUCCAAGAAAACAAGCAGGCGGCCUUCGCACCCUUCCGGCCGGGUCCCUUGCAAGGCCUGCUGGCCUCCCCAGCCGGGCCACCCCCUCUGCCCCCAGCCAGGCCCCACAGAUCUGGCUCCCUCCUGGGCGGGGGCCCCGGGGAGCUGGGGCUCUCGGCAGCGGCGGUGUAUCCAGCCCACGGCCACCCCCCGCCCAGCCACAGUGCCUUAGCUCACCCCAUCAGCCUUAUGACGCUGCCUGGCGACGCCUGCGGUCUCGGAGGACUGGCCCACCCAGGCCAUCCGGCCCCGUACGGGAGCGGAGGUGGGCCGGCGGGUCCCACAGGCCUGCUGGAGGCAGCGCUUCAGGGCCCCUACACAGCGGGCACCGGGGGUCACGUGCCGCUGGCCGGCCAGGACCGCUUCCCUGCUGACCUCGACCUCGACAUGUUCAGCGGGAGCCUCGAGUGUGACGUCGAGUCCAUCAUUCUCAAUGACUUCAUGGACAGCGACGAGAUGGACUUCAACUUUGACUCGGCUUUGCCCCCACCCCCCAGCGGCCUGGCCGUGGCCGCCCUGCCCAGCGGGCCCCCGCCCCCCAACCAGAGCUGGGUGCCGGGCUGAAGGAGGCCCCGGGGGGAAAGGGGGCUCCAGGACUCCCGCUGACGCCUGGGCACAGUUCGGGAGCCAGCCCCUCCCUCCUGGGCCCCGCAUCUCGUCUCCUGGACCCCGACAGCUCCCACAGGGGCUGCCCUGGGCCGGGCUGGGCGUGGGAGACUCCGUCUUGCUGCUGCCAUGGGGAGGAGAGGGGCCGAGCCCAGCUUCCCCCAACUCCCCUGCACAUCCCUCCUUCCCGCUGCACAGCUCCCCCUCUCCCUGGCCCUGACGAGGGAGCACGGGGUCCAAGGCCUCGCAGCCCGCACUCCUGGGUCCUAGAGAGCCAGACCACAGGGGCUUGCAGGGAGGAGGGGAGGCCGAGGCCGCAGCUGCCCCCCUUGCCCACCCCCUAGGCCUCACCCCCAGCGGGGCCCGUUUUGUGCCGCUGUGCAGUACAGUGGGGUUGUCGUGUCCACUCUGUGUGGUGAUAAGCGUUGUGUCCCUCCUCGGGCCAGGAAAGGCCAGAGAGGCCUGGGGGCGGUGGGCAGACAGGACCGGAGGGAACCCAGGAGGCUCCAAGGCUACCUGCUGGCGGUCCUGGGCCCCUCAGGGAGCACCCCUACUUAGUGGGUCCCUUCCCAAGCAGCCCCCACUGCUGACCUGGCCAGGCUCUGCCUGCUCAUACCCAGCUCCCCCUUGGCUCUUCCUGCCAGGCCCUCCCCCACAAUCCCCCUUCCCUAUGCCCCCCCACACCAACCCUCCCCCCAUAUUUAUAAGUGUCCAGUCUGGGUCUGGGGGGGGAGGGUGGGCGCGGUCGUUUCCCGCGCAAAUAUCGUAGGCAGUGUACCGUGGCCGUGCCGUUAGCGUGUGUGUGCGUGUGCGUGUGUACCAUGUAAAGGCCGUGUAUAGUGCAUUGUACAGCAUAUUUUCAUGAAUAAAAUUGUUUUAAAUAUUC